AUUGUCGCAACACUGAAAGUAUAGAAUAACUCUUCCCUCAACACUAUAACAGUAAAUAUUUCGAGGUAAAGUGGCGGUGAAUUAUAAAACACAAACACAAACGACGAAAUACAAUUUACUAUCUCAGGACAUGCAGCUAUUUACAGACUAAAUGCGUUUCCCUAAAGAAACUAUACAAAUACUGACUUAUAAAUCAUUUUAACAUAUUUAAAAAGGGGCCAUAUAACUGAAUAAUAACAUGAAUCUAUAGAAGUUUGACGGGCAAAACUCCAUGGAACGCUAAGCAAUGCGGACGAUACACUGCCGUGUACCCUGCUUACCUGCCUGCUCACAAGUGUGUGUGCUGACAUGUCUGGCGGUGUGGGGGACGAUGGGUGUAGUGCAGCAGCUGCUGCAGAGCCACAGGGUGAUGCUUGUAGGACAGGAGAGUUACCUGUGGAAGGCCUGGCACGAUUCCAUGGAUCCCAAGCUUCCACGUCCGCCAGCUAAUCCCAAAGUUGACUACCCAAAGGUUCAGGACGACACAGAGUACCCGACGUGGACUCCAAGACGGUUGCAGCAGCUGCUGGAGGAGCCCACCACCUCCUGCCGGCGACUGACCAGCCUCGGAGGAUCUUACCUGUGCGAAGACUGCCAUACCUGCCAAAGAGACGGCAACAAGUACAUCUGCUUCGAUCCCGACGUCAGACCUGUGCCGGGAAAUUGUCUAGUGUACUCCUUCGGUGUUGGGGGCGAAAUGUCGUGGGACAUAGCCAUGAGAAAUCUCAAUUGCUCUGUCUUUGCCUUUGACAUGACUCUCAUGGGUUGGGGCAACAGUAUGUUCGCUGAGGGCCUCCACUUCCUCGACCUGGGUCUCACAAGCUUCAAUUCUGAUGAUACCAUCAAUAUGACGGCGGCUGGAAACAGUGUCCAGCACUGGGAAUCGAGAAAGGCUUAUUUCCGCUCGCUGGAAACCAUUAGGGAUAUCCUGGGGCACAAGGAUCGGCCCAUUGACGUCCUCAAGAUGGACAUCGAAUUCAUGGAGUGGAAGGUGCUGGUUGACAUCCUCAGCACCCCAGAGAAGUUCACAGUUCUACAGGACGUCAGGCAAAUAGCCCUUGAGAUCCACUUGGACGGACUGAGAAACUCGACGGCCGCGGAGCGCGUGGAGGAAGCUAGGAAGGUGGAGGCAGUGCUAGAGGGCCUCCAUACCCAUGGAUUCCACCUCGUCCACACAGAGCUCAACACCGCACAGCAGGUACAUGCGGAGAUACGAGGGCAGGUGUUGCCCCUCUACCGCGAGUCCCUCUUCCUCCGUCGACUGUGACUGUCACGCAGUUGAUGCUGCUCUUCGUCCAUCAACUGUGACUAUUCUGCAGGUAUGAUGCUGCUCUAUCUUCCUCGACCGUGACUACCAUGCAGUUGUAAUGCUCCUCAUCCUCCGUCGACCAUAAUACUUCCAUCAAA